AUGUUUUUACACGAAUUUUAAUCAGGAUCAUAUUUCUAAGUUUUCGAUCCAAAGGAAGUAGAAACUAAAGGAAGCAAAGAAAAGACAGAUCUAUAUAAAAAGUUAUUUAAAAUCAAUUACCCGUUAAAAAGUUCAAGGUUUUUUGAUAAAGAAAUGAAAGGUAAUUGAAUUCUAAUUUCAGGAUUUAUUUACGAAUUUUUGGGUGAUUCAACAAGAAUUUAAUUUCCAAAAUAAGGUGAACUAGGCUUGAUUCAAUAAUUUUUGGUAGUGUAGGUGAAUAUAGAUCUUGGAUUUGUUUGGACAUUAGAAUUAGAUGUUACAGAUACAACAAAAACAAAGAGAAGAAUAGUAUUAACAGAUAGUGUAAAAAGUUUAGAAAAUCAUCACUUUCAUAUCAAAUCUCCAAUUGAUCAUAUUAAAAGAGGAUAAUGGCUUAAUUUAUGCAUAGAUGUUUGGAGUUUUAUGGAAGCAUUUAAAGGAUGUACAUUUCGAUCAAUAGAUUAAAUUAUUAUUGGCUCACCAUGUAAAUUAAGGAAAAUCUACAUUAUGAAAAAUCCUAUUCAGGAUAGUGAAAUUGAUAUUACAAUCACAUAAGGUUUUGCAACAGUUCCAAAAUAAGUUAAUUUUCCUGAAACUUUUCCUUAUUCAAACUAAUUAGUUACCUUUAGAUUAUUGAAUUAUAAUGAGUUUGCUUUAAGUUCUUAAAUUUAAUGCUUACCUAAAAAUCCAGAUAAGUAUAAUAUGAAUAUUUAUAGAUAUGUUUAUGAUGUAAAGUAGCCAAUAGAAGAAAAAUAAAAGAUUGGAAAAUAUAAAUACAGCAAGCCAGAAUCAUCUAUUAAAACUAAGUAAACCUAGAAUCAAUAUUAAUCAUAAAAUUUUUAGAAAUAUGAAAAUAUUGAUUUGGAUGAUAAAUUGUAAUCCUCUUAGAAAUCUGCUGAUUAUGAAUCAGAAGGCAAAGAAAAUCCAUCCUAUUUUGAAGAAGUACCAUAAGAUUAAAAUGAUAACGAAUAAUUGGAAGAUUAUCUAGAGGAUCUAUAUGAUUAAGAAGAAGAGUAUCUAAAAUUAGUGUAUGAUCCCACAUUAAAAUGUUUUUAUGAUCCUUAAACUAAUGAAUAUUAUCAAUUAAAUGAUUAGGAAUGA